CGCCCGGCAGCAGCCAUGAGGUCCCUGCCUGGCCCGCGGCGCGCUCCUGGGCUGGCUGCAGCUCUCCUCCUGCUCUUGCUGGCGCCCCCUUUGCCCUCCCGCGCGCCGGAGGAGGAGAGGAAGGAGCGGGGUGCCGCUGGUGAUUUCCUUCCCAGCGUGUGUACCUCUUGCCAUGCCGAUGCCACGUGUCAGCAACAAGAUGGCAAAUAUGCCUGCAUCUGCAAUUAUGGAUUUGUGGGUAACGGAAGGACCCAUUGUCAAGAUAAAGAUGAAUGCCAGAUCGGGACCAGUGAGAUUUGUGGAGAGCACGCUUCAUGCCAUAAUACCCACGGAAGUUUUUACUGCAUUUGCCUUGAAGGCUACAAAGCAUCCAACAACAACAGUGUAUUUAUCCCUAAUGAUGGCACACAUUGUGUAGAUAUUGAUGAAUGCGAGGCUUCGGACAUCUGUGGCCUUGGAGGACUGUGUGUGAACAUUGUGGGAAGCUAUAAGUGCAGCUGUGCUGAAGGAUACCGGACAAAAAAUGGAGCCAAAACAUUUCAUCCACCUACAGAUAGAAUCUCAUGUGAAGUUCUGGAUUGCGGAAUUCCACCUUCUUUUCCAAACACAUCUUUGGCCCUUGUGAACAAAACAACCUAUGGAAACAAAGUCGAAUAUACUUGUCUGCCGGGGUACAGCAUUGAAAGCGGAAACUGGACUUCAGUUUGUAACUCCAAAGGACGAUGGGAAGGAAGCAACCUAGUGUGCAAAGAAAUUGGUUGUGGAGAACCAUUGCAGCUUCCAAAUACAGACAUUGUCUGGGAUAACACGAUGACUUUAGGCAGCAUAGCAUACUAUAAAUGCAAGAAAGGAUUCCAAUCUGUUGGAGAACGCAAUUUUUCACAAUGUACAGUAUCUCGAAAGUGGGAAAACAUUACUUUUGAAUGCAAAGCUGUUGAGUACGGCCUUUAUGGAGGAUUAAAAGAACCAGGAGUGGAUGAAGUGACAACAUGGCCGCCCACGUCCUCCAAGGAUUGUGGACACCCUCCUUUAAUACCUAAUUCUGAAGUGAAAUGGGAUAAGACCUCUCGGCUGGGAAGCGUUGUGGAAUACAAAUGCAGUAAAGGUUUUUAUGCCUCCAAUCCGAAAACCUUUUCUCACUGUACCCAUAAUGGAUCGUGGGAAAUCCUGGAUCUAACAUGUAAAAAAAUGCUGCCAUUUAUUGAUUUUGAAGUGAACGAUUCCUGUUUGACAUGGAGGAGGAAUUAUGGAAGUGAGGGUGUGAAUGAAACCUACCGACUUACCAUGAGGGUUCUAGGGAGUGAAUCUAAGAAAACGGCCAGUGAUGUGAAGAUUAACCUAACCACAGCUGAAGAGGCUGUAAAGAUGUGUCUGCCAUUUGAACCACAUACAAACUACAGUAUAAAAAUCGAAGUGGACUCCAGCAAUUUGGUUUCAAGGUUCUCGUUACUAAAUCCAGUAACUGCUGUUGAGAGUCGGCCUUAUGGAGGAUUAAAAGAACCAGGAGUGGGUGAAGUGACAACAAUGCCCCCCGCAUCUUCCAAGGAAAAACCAGCUGUAUUUGGAAACAUCUCCACAUUUAAUGUCACCUGUAUUAAAUGGCAGAGGAAAUUAGGAAGAACACUGUCUGAGAAAACCUAUGUGCUCCGUGUGCGGGGUCACCGCUGGUAUCAGAAGGAAUUCCUUCAUUCUGUGACUCUUGAUUUUGCUGAGAAUUCGGGAACUCCAGCGCUGUGCCUUAAUUUACACCCAGGCAGCAAUUAUACCGUUAACAUUUCCACAGCAAAUUUGGAUCAUAAUGUCACAGUCUACAUAACGACCCCAAUAACUGAUCCACAGUCCCCAGAAGUGGAAUUCAUAUCAGGAGAAGGUUCUUCACCAGUGUUCACCCUUAGGAAGGCAGAAGAAACGAAUGGACCUAUCAGUUCUUACCAGGUGAUCGUCGUUCCUUGGAGCCCACGAUGCAACUUUAAUUGUUAUUCCUUGACUACCCUAACUUACUUCAGUAAUGGGGUUGACUCUGAUGGGUACGUGGCAGCUGAAUUCCCAGCCAAGUUCCUUCCUGACAACGGAUCUGUCUUUGCUCUUGGAGAUAGAUGUUACUAUGGGAAAUUUUACAAUGCUCCCUUGAAACCAGGAAAAGAUUACUGCAUUAUACUGAUGACCAUCAGUGAAUGGGAUGAGGUCAGAAGACAAUCCUGCAUACCCUGGGCCCAAAUUAAAGAUGUAUCUUCCAAGCCACAACAUGUGACGGCUGUUAUGUUAGGGUCAGUUGCUGCUCUUUGCUCCAUCCUGUUGCUAUCCCUGUUCGCAGCACGCGCAGCGUCUCAGGCCGCCCUAGCUGAAAAGAUGUUGUCUGACGAAGUGCGACUUUUAUCUACCACCAGGCAGACUGUUAGGUUACCUUCUCCAGUGACUCAGACUUUCUCCCAUGUCUGACGUAUACAUCGACCAGUCGCUUGGAAGACAGAGAAGACACGGGAGGUCUGGACUGUCCAAGUUCAUCCAGGCUGCAGAGCGAGCAAGUCGAUCCGGAAAAUGUCAGCUACUUCCUUCAUAGCUGGGAGGCGAAUGAUGUAUUUUUAUUUCCUCAUUUCUCUUUCUUUCAUUCCUAAACAGUCCUGGGUAAAACAGGUGGAUACAGCAGGUUUUCCGUUAGAAAUUCCAUUAGGUCCAAAAAUCAGAAAGUCCUGUUGUUUCCUAUGUGGCUGGUUAGCGAAGGUAGAAAACGGGAUAAUUCUCCCAGUUCGGCUGUUUUAAAA